CAGAGCUAAACCAGCAACGCCCAGCCCCUCAUCGGGCAACAUGACGCCAUUGGGCCUUAUCCAGGAAGUCGAAAAACAUCAACAAUCCUUCCAGGUUCCAGGCUAGGGCGAAGUGUCAGUGUAGCCUAGCAGCUGGGUAACUAAGCGUGAUUUUCUUGGGUAUUUCGUAUAUUCAUUUUAUUUUUUUAUAUAUAAUUAGUGUGUUGUGGCAUCCCAGAUAUGUCGUUGUUAGGUAAGCUAUUUGGAGGAGGAAAAGGAGGAAAGGGACCGAGCCCACAGGAGGCGAUCCAAAAACUCCGAGAGACGGAGGAGAUGCUAACGAAGAAACAGGAAUUUCUAGAGAAAAAGAUCGAACAGGAAUUGCAAAUUGCCAAGAAAAACGGCACGAAAAAUAAAAGAGCGGCUCUGCAGGCUUUGAAAAGAAAGAAGCGGUAUGAGAAACAGCUCACCCAGAUUGACGGCACGCUGUCGACCAUCGAGUUCCAGAGAGAGGCUCUGGAGAACGCCAACACCAACACUGAAGUGCUCAAGAACUUGGGCUUUGCUGCCAAAGCCAUGAAGUCUGCCCAUGAAAACAUGGACAUUGACAAGGUGGACGACCUGAUGCAGGAUAUUACAGAGCAGCAGGAGCUGGCCCAGGAAAUCUCUGACGCCAUCUCUAAACCUGUUGGCUUUGGAGAGGAGUUUGAUGAGGAUGAGCUUUUGGCAGAGCUGGAUGAGCUGGAACAGGAGGAGCUGGACAAAAAUCUGCUGGAGAUCGGGGGAUCAGAGAACGUCCCCCUCCCCAACGUGCCUUCAACUUCAUUACCUUCCAGACCUGCCAAGAAAGAGGAAGACGAAGACGACAUGGAGGACCUACAACGCUGGGCGAUGGAGGCCAUGUAGAUGCAGCAUCCGCCACAUCAUACCUGCAUCAGCGAGGGAAGGGGAAGGAGCAAUGGGGGAAUGAAUGGACUGAUAGGAUGUUGUGUAUGAGUGUUAUCAUGUGUCUGAGGAGAGCUGACUGUUGACUUUAUGUAACACUACAAAAAAAGCAAAAAUGCUGUAAUCUUUAUUUUCCCGACCCUUCUCAAAUAUGGACCCCUGCAUGCUCAGCAAAAUGAGCCAGUCAGGGGCUUUUGUUUUGACGCUCUAUCACGGUACCCGGACCGAGUCGCCUAAUACAUUUAACCUUGAUUUCUGCUAGCACUUCAUGGUCUCUGUGCUGGGCAGGACUAUUUCAACGCCAACAGAGUUUAUAUUGAAUUUGUUAUUUCUGGCUCUGUGGCGCGAUAAGGAGUUGUCAGGUUAGUGUUUUGAGCUGCAUGACGUUGUUUACGUCACUGGAUGAUAGGGGAAUUUUCAUGGGAGAUUUAUCCUCAAAAAUCUCUUUCCGACUCACAUAUUUACCUGUAUUUGUGGCGUAAAACAAGCUGGAUGUUUUGUUUUUUUCUUCCUUUCUUAAGAUAAAAUAAUUGUUUGUUCUCUGUUUUUUGUAACUGCUCUUAAAAAUAGGAGAAGAGCUGAGCAUGAACUGGGUGAAGAAGCUAUGAGCUGUGUGUUCGCCAGCGUCCGAACGUGUUCUUUUGUUCUGCGGCUGCGUGCUUUGUCUCCUUCACCCCACCCCCCUCGCCUUCUGUUGCCAUUUCGGCGACUUCUCCCGCCCUCAAAGGCAUUCUCACCAGUGGUUCUCGUUAUUUGUUGUAAAUAUCCCAAAAGCGUCUCUUUUUAUAUACUGCAUUCCUGCCGUUACUGAAAGGUUCUGUCAAGGUUGUGUGAAGCAUGCACCAAGAGGAAAUGCCUGUACAGAUCACAACACACGGCUAGAAUGAGAUAUGUUAAACUUAACACUUUCAUCCUGCUCUGUCUGUCUAAGUCCUUCUCAUAAGGGUUUUUGUUUCAGAUUGUAUAAUGUUAAAAUAACAGUAAUAAUAAACUAUUGUCACACCUUACUAACUGAAUCUCUUGAAGGAGCUGGUGGUUCAUGAAAGAUUAGAUUAUAGUCAGUCUCCAAAAACAGUGCUCUGGAGUUCAAAGAGUUCAUUCUUUUAGUUUUUCAAAGUCAUGAUGUACAUUUUUUACUUAGAAAAAAAAAAAACAUAACACAAGGACAGACAGACAAGCAUGUUUGCAUUUCUAUGUUUUAUUUAUCCAGAUGAGAAUAUUAUUUGCAAAAUCAUUAAAGGUUUUCAAUUCUUUUAUUGUA